CUGACUUUGACCUCCCAAACGCUCAUAGACAAAUCUCCUUCCUCAAAACUUCAUCACGUAAUUUUCUUUUCGCUAAUAAAUAAAUAUUCUGUUAUUCGAUCAAAAUUGGUUGAUUCAAUACUGCGCGCAGGACCGUAGCCUGAAAGGCUUAGCAGCUUGUUAAUGGCGUUGCAUACCGCCAGACGGCUCGCCCUGAUCCGACCCGGUGGAUUAUCCUCCUCCGCAAACCCUAUCUUCUUCGAUCGGAGUUUCUCGUCCUCCGCCGCAUCGGAUUCUAAUCUGAUUCGCGCCACCCUCUUUCCCGGAGACGGAAUUGGGCCUGAGAUCGCCGAGUCCGUCAAACAGUUAUGGGUUGUGCGUGCGUGUGUAGAGUUGAUGAUCCACGUGAUUGUUGAAGGAAUGGAGAUGGCUGAACAAUUGUGCAUUCGAGCACACGACCUAGAUUUUUCUUCACUUGAUUGCUGGUAUAACUUCACAAUAGGAGGAAAAAAAAUGACAAAUACUAAUGAAGGAGACUGUCCAAUUUUACACGAACUCUGUCCUGUCUGGCCGAGCCCUGUGUUUAAAGUUGCAGAUGUGCCUAUUGAAUGGGAAGAACAUUUUGUGGGGUCAGAAAUCGAUCCUUGUACCCAAAGUUUCUUGACACGGGAAAGUCUGGAAUCUGUGAGGCGAAACAAAGUCGGCCUAAAAGGGCCUAUGGCCACACCAAUCGGGAAAGGUCACCGCUCGCUUAACCUUACCUUGAGGAAAGAGCUCAAUCUGUACGCCAAUGUUAGACCUUGUUACAGCCUACCUGGCUACAAGACAAAAUACGAUGGUGUUGAUCUCAUUACUAUUUGUGAAAACACCGAAGGAGAAUACAGUGGUCUUGAACAUCAGGUGGUCAGGGGCGUUGUUGAGAGUCUCAAGAUCAUUACACGACACGCGAGUCUAAGGGUUGCAGAGUAUGCUUUUCACUAUGCUAAGACCCAUGGAAGAGAAAGAGUAUCUGCCAUUCACAAAGCAAAUAUCAUGCAGAAAACUGAUGGUCUUUUCCUUAAGUGUUGUCGUGAGGUUGCAGAACGUUACCCAGAGAUAAAAUACGAAGAGGUUGUGAUUGACAACUGUUGUAUGAUGCUUGUGAAGAAUCCAUCCCUUUUUGACGUGCUGGUAAUGCCGAACCUUUAUGGUGACAUAAUCAGUGACCUAUGUGCUGGUUUGAUUGGAGGCUUGGGCUUAACUCCCAGCUGCAAUAUUGGUGAGGGAGGUAUCGCCCUUGCUGAAGCAGUACAUGGCUCCGCACCUGAUAUUGCUGGAAAGAAUUUGGCAAACCCAACGGCUUUGCUCCUGAGUGCUGUGUCCAUGUUGCGCCAUCUGAAUCUUCAUGAGAAAGCAGAUAGAAUCCAAGACGCUGUACUGAAAACGAUUGCAGAAGGUAAGUACCGAACGGGCGAUCUUGGUGGGAAAUCGACGACUACGGACUUCACCAAGGCCAUCUGUGAUCAUCUUUCAACGGUCGAUAGUUCGAUGUAGUCUUCUGCAACAUUGUUUUCUUCGAAUGCAAAUUUUAGAUCAUUAAUUCAUUUUUGAGGAGAGGUUUUUUCAAAGCUAUUUUGCUUUUAAUGGAGCGAGUAAACUAUAGACACGAUGGCACUUUUUUUAAGGAGAAAAAAAAUCUUUGGGUGUUUGCAAAUUCGAGUGGAGACU